AUGUCAUUUAGCCAUAUAAGGCAUGUCCCUUUGGCCAAUCCCAGGCAGCGACCCCACCCUGCCCAAUCAGAUAGCUGACACCAGGCCUCCUCAUUACCCCCUUCUAACAGCAUCUUUUGACUGUUUAUCUUCUGUGUCAGACACAAGAUAAACAGUUGUGGCAAUGUUUUGUAUGACCAAAAAGUGUAAUAAUAAUUAUCAACAAGAUCACAACACCUGGGUUCUGCUGCUAUCACCCAAUGUGUUAGUCUAUUACAUAAUUUGACAAAUGAUGGAUAUAUAGGCCUAUUGUUGCUACAUUUAGUUGGCUAUCAAUGGUGCAGAGGCCAAACAGGGUUUCAGGUAGCAUGAUGUGUCAGAUUAUGUCUAGCCGUGUCUAGGCAGGUGAUGCCCUUCAGGUGAGGUGCUCCAUUUUGUCGCAUAUCGGGUUCUGGUCACCUUUCAAGUCCAAAAUUCUACCCGGUCACCCACACGCACCCUGCAGACCGCAACCGCGCAUGCGCACCCACUGUUUAAAGACCCCCCCAAGUCAUCUGCUACAGAAAAAACACAUUCCACUGUUAGCCAAUCUGCGACGCAGCUCAAGGACUGUCAAAGGGAGGCCAUAACAGCAGCUGGCAAAAAUAUUGACAGUUUAUCAAGCAACGAAACUCGGGAUUUGCUGUUUUUGUGACCAUAGCUGAGUAACACCGGUUAGGAUUGGAAGGUGCAGCCGAGCUAGGGUGUAGUGAAGUCGGGGGGAGAGGAGGAGGAGGAGGGUCCGGACAGGAGAAAAACAAAGAUGUCUGUGUAGUUCAACUAGGCAAAUCCCAGCGACCUGUCUGAACAUCUCUCUUGAUUUUUUUUCUCCAAAACUGACACGUCCCUCCCGGAGGUCCAGUGGAUAGCGAGUUGGCAACAGGAGAGAGGAAAAAAACGUUUACCGACCAGCCGAACCGGGCCGUUAUGAACGGCCGCUCAUGCGCUGUCACGGCAAAUAACUGCGACUUGACAACACAAAAAACAUCUCUGACGGGUUGUUUUGUUCUAGCUAGACGAGGACAGGAGUGUUUUUGUGAGCUUGUUAGCUAUAGCAUGUAGCUAGCUGAAUAUAUUCGUUAAAACUGCCACAGUCAACAACGCUACAUUUCUAUACGAAAACGACCAUUAAAAAAAAAAAAAAAUAUAUUUUUGGAAAAUUACUAAAAACGUCCGUUUGUUAAAAUUCAACGCGUAUUGCGCAACAUUGCUUACUAAACUAGCUAGCUAACUAGCUAACUCACUAGCUAACGUCCAUUCCGGCUGUCCUGGCUCUCCCUUGCCGAGCCUGGGGUCGCUAAAUCUGCCAGCUCGCUAACAGGUCGCUCGAUUCCGCCUGACAACCACCAUGUCCUCGAUGGAAGAGCGUGGUGAGGUGGGCGUCGCGGCGGCUCCAGGCUCCUCAGGCGGCCUGGGGGUUGGUGCGGUGGGGGCAGCUCUGGAGACUGUGGUCGGUGGGCCGUCAAUGCAAGAGGAGGUGGGCUUCCGAAGAGGAGAGGGACUCGGGCCCGAUUCGGACCCGGACGAGCCGCCGCCCAAGAAGCGGAUGAGAUUGCCGGAGGGAGAGUCGGGAAAGCUGGAAGAGAGGCUGUAUUCAGUGUUGUGCUGCACGGUGUGUUUAGAUCUGCCCAAAGCCUCCGUUUAUCAGUGCACCAACGGUCACCUGAUGUGUGCUGGUUGUUUCAUCCACCUGCUGGCUGACUCUCGUCUGAAAGAGGAGCAGGCCACGUGUCCUAACUGCAGGUGUGAGAUCACCAAGUCUCUGUGUUGUAGGAACCUGGCUGUAGAGAAGGCUGUGAGUGAGCUGCCCACAGACUGUCCCUUCUGUCUCAAACAGUUCCCUCGCUCCAGCCUAGAGAGGCACCAGAAAGAGGAGUGUCAAGACAGGGUGACGCAGUGUAAGUAUAAGCGGAUUGGCUGCCCAUGGAAGGGACCGUUCCACGAGCUACCGGCCCACGAGGAGGAGUGCUGCCAUCCCACCAAGACUGGCACAGAGCUGAUGGGCAUCCUGGGGGAGAUGGACCAGAGCCACAGCAGAGAACUAACCCUUUACAACUCUAUAUUCUCCCUGCUCUGUUACGAGAAGAUAGGCUUCACAGGUAGGCUAGAGGUCCAGUUCAGGCCGUACCGGACAGAUGACUUCAUCACCCGUCUGUACUAUGAGAGUCCUCGUUUCACCGUGUUGAACCAGACCUGGGUACUGAAGGCCAGGGUCAACGACUCUGAACGCAACCCUAACCUCUCCUGCAAACGCACCCUCUCCUUCCAACUCAUCCUCAAGAGCAAGGUGAACUCGGCUAUAGAGUGUUCCUUCCUGCUGUUGAAAGGUCCGUACGACGACGUGAGGAUCAAGCCUGUGAUCCACCAUCACGCGUUCAGCAACGACACCAACGAGACAGACUACGUUCCCCUGCCCAUCACCGACUCUGUGGAGUGUAACAAACUACUGGCCGCCAAGAACAUCAACCUACGACUCUUCAUCUUCCAGAUCCAGAAAUAGACAGACGAGGAGGAGGAGGAGGAGGAGGAG